CUGAGUGAAGACUUCAUUCUGUUCUGAGAAGCACAUUGACUGGUAUGCUUGGAGCCGUACGAGCAGCAUCAUCUCUAGACACGCAUUUUGUUACCCCACUAAACCUUAAGGGGGCUUUUUAGCAUUUGCUCAGCCUAGUCUCUGGAAAACAUCUGAAUCAUUUUUAACCAACUCCAGCUGCCGCUGCAGAGUGGGUGUGUGAGUGUGAGUGUGUGCAUGCGUGUGUGAAUCCAUGCGAGUGCGUGGUUGUCUGUGCAUGAGCGUGUGAGGCGUUCUUCAGGAAAGUCGUGGAAAAAAACCUUUGGACGUACUACUUGCUACCAACUUUUUUAGGAAUGAACGCAGAUACGUGCGUUUCAUACUGCGAUAUGACAUCCAUGGAUUCAUAUUAUAGCCCGUCGUCGGCGCAAGGCAGGGAUCAGCAGGCCAAUCCUUUCAGGACAUUCCAGCCGAGUGACACCAAAUACAGCCCCACUUUCCUCCCUAGCAAAGGUCAAGCUUACGGGGAGAAGUCUCGGAGUCCCUUCCAACAGGAGUGCCAGUCAUUGGAUGCGCCCGGUGGGGAAGGCACCUUCAACAAAUACCACCUCUUUAUGCAGAGACCCACUUGCAAAACACCCCCCGAAGGCAACAAACUCCACCAAGACAGCGGGCACAACGGUGCGCUCAUCUCGUGCUAUGGUAAAGACGGCACUGGACUGACGGACUCCGAGUUGACCCCCAGCUCUGACCCCACGGGGAUGGACGGCAGUUACCUCAGCGUGAAAGAUGGCGGCGGUGGCGGCAGCGGUGGCUUGAAGGGCCCCGGUGGGGAGCGGGGCGGCUCGGAGAUGGGUGCCAGCCCCCUGGAGAAGAGCGAGGCGGAGAGUAACAAGGGCAAGAAGCGCCGCAACCGCACCACCUUCACCAGCUACCAGCUGGAGGAGCUGGAGAAGGUCUUCCAGAAGACACAUUACCCCGACGUCUACGCACGCGAGCAGCUCGCACUCAGGACAGACCUCACCGAAGCCAGAGUGCAGGUGUGGUUUCAAAACCGUCGUGCGAAGUGGAGGAAGAGAGAGCGCUUCGGUCAGAUGCAGCAGGUCCGCACUCACUUCUCCUCUGCCUACGAGCUGCCUCUACUCACCCGCCCAGAGAACUACGCACAGUACGAGCUUCCUCUACUCACCCGCCCAGAGAACUACGCGCAGAUCCAAAACCCAUCGUGGAUAGGCGGCGGUAGCGCGGCGUCACCGGUGCCCGGCUGCGUGGUGCCCUGCGAUACAGUCACCCCCUGCAUGACGCCACACCCACACGCCGGCAGUGGCGCGGUGUCCGACUUCCUGGGUGUGCCCAGCCCCGGUGGUCACAUGGGCCAGACACACAUGGGCAGCCUCUUCGGCAGCCCGCCUGGCAUGGGCGGCGUGGGCGUCGGCGUGGGCGCCAUCGGAGUCAACGGCUACGAUCUGAACUCCGUGGACCCCGACCGCAAGUCGUCCAGCAUCGCCACGCUGCGCAUGAAAGCCAAGGAGCACAGCGCGGCCAUCUCCUGGGCUACAUGAUGGGCCUAUACAUACACAUAGUAUACUGCACACAUACAGUAUACUACACACAAUACUGUACAUACAGUACACAGAAGAGCUCUGCCAUCUCAUGAUGAGGACAUGUCCCCAUACAUACACAUAGUAUACAGAAGAGCUCUGC